GCAGAUAUAAUAAUCCGAUAAUAUCCAUUGAUCUCAGUUAAAACACUCAUAAUAGUUAUUGCAUAUAAUCUAAAUAAUUAGUAGAAUGCAGCGGGGAGACAUGUGUGAGAUCAAAAAGCACACAUAAACAUGACUUGCCCACUAAACCAGCGUUAACACCUCUUGCCUUAUUAAGAGGUAAAAUGCCGCUUUCAACCGCAAUAAAAAGCAAUAUUGCUAUAUUGAUUUUGGUUGUGGUGGUAGCGUAUCUCUUAAACUACAUAGUUUUUCGACCAGUGGCGUUGACGUCAUAUGGUACUUCCACAUAUUAUUUGGAUUCCAUCAAGGUAUCUGCAGCUUUUAUUGGCAUCAUAGCACUAUUUAUGGCUAUCUUAGGAUUUAUGUUAAGUUGGUGGCUCAUUACAUGCUAAUCGGCCAUUCAUGUGAUAGAGCGUGUU